AUGAGUUCUAUUAGUAAAUUCUUUAUUGAGGUGGAAGCCGCAGUGGGACUUUUGGAGGAAAAAUAUCGUGAUCAGUCGAGGAACAGAGAGGUACAACAGCUAGUUGGUACACAGUCAAUGGUCAUAAAUGCAUUGAAGAAGAUCGAUGAGAAAAUAGACGGAAGGCUUCAUACCACAGCUUCUAUGGCAACACCAUGGAAAGGAGAAUUUACCCUCGAUCUUCCCCGGGAGGUAUUUCCGGUUAUUCUAAACCAUAUAAUUCAACGAAACUCCUAUGGACAUAGAUAUAAAGAAUCAGAUGCUGUAAUUGAUGUUGAACUGACACAAUUAAGGAAAGCUGUGUUUAUCGUUGAUAAAAUGAACUUGGAGGGCGAUUUGAUUGCCAAAGCAGAACUGCUGAAAAAAAACUUUUCUGGAAAGGAGGUUGCAGCUGAGAGAUGUGAGGUUGUCAUAACAGAAUCAAAGCCAAUGGGAUUAAAAUAUCGCAAGAACUCAGAAGUUUUGUCUGUGAGUUUCCAUUACGGCUACUGGAAUUAA